UGUAUGGCACUGGGUGUGCAUCAUCUGUGUGCCGAACACCUGUAUCCCAAGGAGUUCUCUCUAUUUUAGCAGUUUAUUACGUCACCUUAACAGACUUGAAUUACUCUCCUUAAUGAGGCAAGCUUGAAUGAAGGCAAGGAGUCUCAGUCAGUAUGCUGCAGCAGGGACUGGUUGAGAGGAUGCUUGGAUUAGCAGCUAAGCAGCGGUGGCUCCGGCUGCACAUCCACCCUGCCUUGCUCUGGUGGCAGCCGUGUUUGUGUUUCAGCUUAGCCCCAAAGGAGAUCAACUGGCUUGAAGUGAGCACACCUCAUGGCUUGAGGCAUGAUUUGCUUUUCGUGGGUUUGGGCAAAUUUUGAGAGAUAACUCCAGCUAUUACUGCGGCCAAGACAAGCCUUUAAUCUGGAUUUCACAAGACAAGCAGAUAGUGAUUGCAGUAGACAUGUGGCAAUGCUGUAGUUAAUUACAAGCUACACACUUGGUUAAAAUCAUGGUAUUAUAGUUGCAAAGUCCGAGCACUUCAAACCUACAAAACGCAUGGAUGAGAGUCGUCAGUGAAACUUUAAUUUGACCCCACUGCAACUAGAUAUUAUGAUAUAGGUACUUAAUUGCUAGAGCACCUACUCUUUAUGCUCAGAAUGGAAGGUGAUACUUAAUGAGCAGCUAUUUGGUUUCUUUUUUGUGCAGUUUCUGGCCCCAAGCUUUAUUUACCGCAUGCCAUUCAAACUCAAGGCUGAAUGCAGUAUUAUUAAUUUCCUUUUGAUGCUUUUCUAGAGUUCUCUUUGCUCUUCCAUUGAAGUGUUUUGCACAUUGGGGUGACUAUUUUUGUGGUGCCCCCCUGAGGUGAAGGAAAAUUAUUCUUGCCAUUUUACUGAUGGGGCACUGAGGCUUGGUGAGGAGUGAAGCUGAGAAUUGUGUCAUCCCCGACACUGAAAUACAGGAGGAAAAAAAGCCGUUUGGACCAGGUUUGCUCACUUUGGUUUGCAGUCAUAACUGAUAACCAAACAGAGAAAAAUAGUUAAAAAAGAAGUUUGUAAAUACAGAGUGAAUUUAGUAGCUUUCCACCCAACUCUGAAGAUUACUCUGAACCAUGCAUAGCAGUUGGACUUAUCUUUACAGUCCAUCUCCCUCAUCUUCUUUGCUUUUACCAGCCUCCUAUGGGUUAUUGUCAUCCUUGGCUGGGGGCCAAAGACUGUGUGUGGGUAUCAAAGUGCCUGGCUAAGUAUGGAAGCUGGUCUUUGCCUCUGGCAUUUGGAUGCUUUUAAAUCCAAGCUAUGAAAGUGGGAGGUCCAAAAGUGGACCAUGAGAAUGAAUGAAGUCCAGAUGGUAUCUAUGUAUAACAUAUUUCACUGAGUGGAGUAAGGGGAAUGGAGACUCCACAUCAUCAGCUGUAUAUUCUUCAGUGGCUUUUUUUUCCUGUGUACAGUAAGAUCACCAAUUUUAGGGUCUUUUAAGCUUCCUCUAGAGCUGUGGUGGUUCUCUAUCACUUUUAUAGCGGGAUGUUUUGUGGGAGACUGCCUGUCCUCACAAUGCUUGUUCUGCUUUCUCUAGCACAGUCCCGCUUUGGUGUGUUCGCAGGGGAUCCUCUCCUUCCUAGAGUUCCUGGGGAGGUGCAGAGCAAUGCUUGGGAAACACAGCACUGCAUCUUUGCCAUUUAAGGAAGGCUUGGUGAACCUUCUGCAUAGUAAGUCUGAAAUUCAAGUGCGUGAGUAAUCCAGCUGAAUUCUCUGCAGCUACUUGUGUGCCUAAAGAUAAGCAAGGGUUUAAGCGUGUUCCUGAACCAGAAUCCUAAUUUACUUCAAAUGCAGACAGAUGGGGGAAGAAACAGUGGGUGAAAGGGUUAAUAUUAUCUAGGGAGAAAUUGUUUCUUUGUUCAGAAACAAUUCUGUGGCAUGCAGAAUGGCAGUACCCUCACUGCAAUAGGCAUCCUCAUACGGAGCAGGAGAUCACCUUGUGAGCGCAGGAGAUUAGUCCUAAACUUCUAACAGUGGCAUUAGGCACACCUCUGUGCUACUGUAGGGAUGAUGGCAGCUUUCUUGGCAUGUAACUCCUCUUUCAGAAUAGACAAUUGGGAGUGAGGACAUAGCAGCAGCUGAGUUUAAAACAGUACAUGCAAGCAUGCUUUUUCUGAGGUGCUCCACCCACCCAGGUGUCUGAAGUGUCUGGGGAAAAGGAUGGCAGCUCAUGAAGUGCCUCCGCUGCUUGUUUCAUUGCUUUGCACAGCAUGUUUUAUCUGCUGAGUGGGGAAGUGCUGUGAAAUUGGGGUGUGAGUGCAUGUGGAGGCUCUGGUUAUCAAUACAGAGCUGAAAAAGGGAAGGAGCUGCGAGAGCAGAGCUCACUUCCUUACUGCACACAGGGGUCCCUGCACAGCAUCUUUAUUUGUGAGUUAUUCUGCAUGAGAUCAGCUUACAUCCCCUCAUUGUACUUAUGGCAUCCGUAUGUUGAUUUGUGAUCCCCACCCCCUGCCUUUAAUUUAUGAGUAGGUACGGGUUGUCAUCUCUUCUUUACACUGCCUCUUAUAUUGCUGUACUGCCAUCUUGGAGUGAAAAAGAGGAUUCAUGCUCCAAGAUGUUACAGUGGCUGCCUGCAUGGGUCAUGGCCUACCUGGGAGAGUGUGAGAACACUCAUAGGGAUGUCAUGCCCUUACCUGCACUGCUGAGUUCCCUGCAUACAGUAGCCUGUGCUUAUGGUCUGAGUGCACCCUUUUUUUUUCUGCCUGGGGUGGUGUUUUAGCUCUCGGAUCAUGCUGUCACAUCCAAGAAGUUCUCACAAAAGUGAUCUGCUGGCUCUAGGUUUGUUGUGUUCAGGGCUGCUCCCCAUACCUUGAAGGUAAGGACCUGCAGUGAAGCAGGAACAACCAUAUGGGUUGGUUUUUUUUUUUUUUUUCUUUUUCAACAGCUCUUGAUAAAUUUCUCAUGUCUCAGGUGGUUUGAUUCAUACCUGGCUAAGGGUGUGCCCUCAUUCAUGGGUGGAACUGGCUGUACAAAGCUGGCUGUGUGUAUCAGGAAGUCCCACGUUGGAUCCAUCUGGUCUAAUUCCAGCUAUUCUAGUGGAAAAACCUUUUAGGACAGGAAUAUUUUCUGUGUGUUUUAGCUGUGCACGUUCUACUGGAGGUAUAAUGGAGGUGUUUCCAAACACUUUUGAUCUCCAGAACAAGACAAGGCUUAUCCACCUCGAGAACGGCAUGAGUAAUUCUGGGCACAGUGUUGCUAUGUUUGAGGACUCCUGCUUACCCUUCUCACUGUUUUACUUCCCUAUUCAUGGACACUGUUGUCUUGUGUCGUCUGUAUCUCUAACUAUGAACUGUAGCCUCUUGGUUGUUACAGUAUCCAGAGGAGGGCAGUUUGCUCUCCAAGCUGUGCGUUGGAAGUCCCAGGAACCCAAGCAGGGGCUGUGUCUGCAGUGGGGUCUGCUGAGCUCCAGCCCUGGGAGCUGAAGACAACCCAGAGAGUGCUGGUAGGAGGGCAGAGAGUUUGACGUGGGGACAGAGAUUGGUUAUGGGGGAAGAUGAAAAGGAUGUCAGAAGUGUGUGUUAGCAGAAUGUGACUAAGAUGGAGAUCUGAUUAGUAUUGAAAUGUAUCUGCGGUGGAAAGGAGAGCAGCAACUUCUGGCAGAGCAGUACUGUAUGUCUAGGAUUUGCAGUGUGGUGCAAAGCAAUUCUGAGUCAUGUAAGUCUAAUUCUAAGUCACAUAAGGCACUGGUGGUUGUGCUAUUGCAGGCAAUUAGCGUGUAUAAUUCUUAUCAUGAAGUUGCUUGUGUCCAUUUAGAACAUACUUGGGCUCUUUGCUGGGGAGCUCUGUUCCUGCAGUGCUCUUUAUAGUGGCCCCUGAGCUGUGUACCCUCCUCCGUCUCAUUCCUCAGCACUUAGUCACCGGAGGCCUUUGUGGGAGGGAGGGACACCCAAGAGUAAUGUGUAACCUGAUGCAAAGUCCCCUGCCAGCAGGAAUUUAGGUGGCUCAUCAGCUGCAGCAUGGCUGCUUGGAGCCCACAGGAGACCUGCUGGCUGAGAGCACUCAAGGCUGUACCUCAUGCCUCCAUCGUCGCUUCAGACGGUGAUAUCUGGCAGGGGAGAUAAGGCCACAUGUGCAAAUACAGAAUGUGGGUUUAGGUCUUGGUCCAGCAUUCACAUCCAUAAAUAAGCCAGUUCCUUCCUUAUGAUAACUUUUGUGUGCACUUCACAAACACAAACCAGCUAAUCACAGCAGAUGUUUGGCAGCAGCCUGAGUUCAUGAGGAAAUUAAAUAGCAUUGCACUUUUCUAGAGAGAUGCCUGGGAUCCAAGCAACACCUGUUAGAGGAGCACGUCUGAGCUGGGACACCUCCAUGGCAGCGUGGACUCAACUUUGCGUAGCACUGCCUUGGUGAUGUUGGGCCGUACCAACCACAGCAGAACUUCCUUCAGUUUUUCAGGGGGGAGGUGGGAUUUAGACCUGGAUAUGCACAUACACACUUGGUUAAAACCCAGUUAAAAGGAGGUGGCAGUGGAUUUUGUUUGCUGCCUUGUCUUUUACAAAAAACUCCCUGCUGCUUUGUUUUCCCCUACUUUUUAAGGGGAAUUUGGGUGUUUUCAAAUACUAAUUGUUUUCAAAGAGUAUGAAGCUAUGGCACACCACAGAAAAGCAAGGAAUAAGGAAGGCUCUGUAAGUCAGUGUAACCUCCAAGAUUCAUACCCAUCUUCUUAAUGAAAUUCAGCUGCAAAAGGGAAAAAGAAUCAUCCUCGUGGUGUAUGGAUUGUUAGUGCCCAUCUGCAAAGAGCAGCCUGACCUAAAGCAAGUUCCUGCUGCAACUGGAUUUUUUUUCGUGAUGCUUAGGAAGAUGAAGAUGUUUGGCUUUUGUGUUCAAAAAGGACCCAGGACUUGUAUCUCCCAGCUUCUAUUUUGUGGUGAUUUUUGCCCUGAGUUUCAGGCAGGAUUAUAAGGCUGCUGAGUGGAGUGUGAGGCAGCAAUGGGACAGUUCUGAAUUACUGAUAAAUCAAGGACUUUUUGUAGGUGUUUCCUCACUCAGAUUUUUGUAGUUCUCUGCUAACUAUGAAUCAGAGCUCAGGAUAUCAGCUUCUGCUGUUCAGCAUCCCGUGCAGAAGCCUCCAGUGUAUUCUGGUAGCACGGUGGCUGUAGACUGCUGAUCUCCAUCAUCAUUCUGAACCUGCUCCUGGUGCUCCCUGUUUGCCAGGCGCAUGCAUCUGACUCACCCUGUGCUUUCUGCAGCCACCACUGCCUGGCCUUUUUGUCUGCAUUAGUUUAAUUGACUGAGGCGCUUGCAAGAGAAGCUAUUCAUUCCCCUGGUAACUGUACUUGACAAUCAGAAGUUAUUCUUGGGGUGAAGGACCGGUGUGGAUUUGUUUUCCUUGGCUGCAGAUCCAUAGCCCCUAAUAGUUUCUCACUAAUAUGAGCCGAGGUUGACUUGGUUUGCCACUAAUUAAAAGCCAAAAGGAUAUGCGGUCCUCUCUGCAAUAAUUACCCUCAGUGGGAAAUGGAAGGGAGCUCUGCUUGCUUCCCACUUGUUUCCAGGCCCCUCUAUUUCACGUUUUACUCACACCAGCCAUGAUGCAUGGGGAGCUCAUUCCCUUGACUAAAGGAGGGUCAAGUCUUACUGUCAGAGUUGCCAUGAGUUCGUGCUUGAAUCCUUUCUCAGCUGAAAGUUGCUUCUGGAUGAAAGGAAAAAUAGGGAAAAAGCAUGCAGCUGUUAAAAAUGUUAUGAAACCUCAGAGCAACUUUUUUUUGGGAGGGAUUGGAUUUUCUUGGUGGGAAGCUGUUAAAAACAGGAGAGAUGUGUGUGUGCCCCGUGUGCUGGAGCAUGUUUAGUCUCUGCUUUUUUUGGGUUAGAAAAUAAGAAAAGGUUUUGACUACACUCAUUACCGGGAACUCUGAAUGCAGCAGCUGGAGUUCCUAGAUAGUUUGGUUUCUAUCAGUAAUUGGUUUCAGAUAUGCAUUAACUUUGAUUCACACAUUGCUCUAGGCCCAGUGGUGCAGUGAGAGAUGUCUUCUCCCUGCUCUCUCUCUGCAUGUGUCAUUGGAUGGGCUGCGGGUAGCAGGGCAGCCACAGGAAAGGCUCAUAGAAGCCCCUCCUAGGGGUUGUGUGGGAGUGUCCUGUAGCACCACAGGGCUGAGGGCUGAAAGAUGUCUGUGGACAUCCCCUGUGUUUGGACUGCAGGCAGCAAAGGCUCCCUGUCCCCACCGUGACCUUGUGGUGAGCUUUUGGCCUCUGGGCACCUCAGGGAUGCUGUGAGUCUCCCUGGAUCAGGCUUGGAGGCCAAAGCAGGAUCAGCCCCAUGAGUAGUGCUUCUUGUGGGGAUGUCCAGGCUGGUGCUGGAGGCCCUGCUGGUGGUCCACUCCUAUGCUUUGCUAGUCUGGGCACAAAAGCAGGCUGUGCUCUGCACUGGGUGUGUUCCCAGCAUUGCUGUGAUUGCAAGGAGCUGCAGAGCUGCUGUAUCUUCUUAAUCUGCCUGUUUCACAAGGCGGUAUCUGACUGUGCCCUUAGUAACAGGUUUUUUAAUGCAGAUUGAGUCCCUUCUUUUAAUUGACUAAGCAGAAAGAACUUGGAGAGGGGAUGAACCCGUGACCUUGAGAUAAAUAGUUUCUUAUUGAGUCCCUGGGCCCCUAAACCACCCCCUCUUCUGAGAGUAGCGUAGUUUAAUCAAAGGUCAGGGGUUUUGUCUUCUUUGAGAGCCUCAGCAAAAGAGGGCCAGGCUUGUGAGCUCUUCUUGCUCCUCCGUGACUGCAGUCAUUCUUGUCCUGUCAAGUUCCCAUUGAGCCCGCUGUGCUUGUUUUCUGUUCCUGGAUGACGACUCUGUUGACCUUCUCUGGUCUCUGUGAAUACUGAUAAAGGCUGGGGGUCGAGUCAGCUGUGUUUCUGGGAGUUGUAACUGGAUAUAUGGUGGCUGUGGGCAAAUGGCUGCUGUUAGCCUCUGCAAUGUGCAGUCUUGCUGGUUUCAUAGGAAACUGUCCUCCCUUGCCAGCUCUUCCCCCGCAGAUGUCUCCUGUUUCUGGACUGAAGGCUGUGUGAUAUCUCUCAGUGCUGCAUGGUCAGACCUGUGACUGCUGCUUGUGUGUGGCCUCUGCUCUCUGACAGUGGUUGCUCACAGAGAUGCUUUUUUCCUCUGUGACUUUAUUCUUUGUGUCCUUCAUGGCUGAUGAUCAGGCCUGUGACCAUACCUAUUGUGAUGGAUGCAGUGUGAAUCUUUCUCCUUCUUUUCUCUUGACUGCAGUUGCUACUUCUCCUGGAGCCUGGCGGAUGGCUGGUGUGGAGCUGGUCUCACUUGUUUGCAUGCCGGAUGCCAGCUGAUGUGGUGCUGUGCCACGGCUGUGAAAGAAACCCAAAGUCGUGACUCUGGCAGUCUCCAGAAGCCCCGCUCCGAGUUCAUCCCACCAGCAAGGCUGUGCAGUGCAGGAGCCGAGUGCCUUAUAAUUGAGAGUGCCUGACUGCGCAUCAGCCUUUGGAUGUGAGCGUCUUCUCUUGAAACAGCCUUGUGAUAUCCUAGCUGCCUGUUUUCUUGGGAGGUCCCUGGGAAGAAGCUGUCUGUACGUCCGUCUCGGUGCCUGACGGGGCUGCUGUGCUUCCAGAUUUGAACCAUGUCUCACCCGUCCUGGCUGCCGCCCAAGAGUACCAACGAGCCUGUUGGUCAUGUUACAGCAAGGAUGGAGACCACGCAUGCCUUUGGGACUCCCAGCAUCUCAGUGUCCACCCAACAGACGCCAAAGAAGUUUGCACCCGUUGUUGCCCCCAAGCCAAAGUACAACCCAUACAAGCAACCAGGAGGUGAUGGAGACUUCCUUCCUCCACCUCCGCCUCCUGUUGAUGACCUCGGGAAUAUCACAUCACAAGGUGCCUUUCCCCCACCGCCCCCUCUGGAUGACGUUGCUUUCAACGUGCAGGUGAAUCCCGGUGGCAAGACACUUGAGGAGAGGCGCUCCAGCCUGGAUGCAGAGAUCGACUCCCUGACCAGCAUCCUGGCCGAUCUGGAGAGCAGCUCUCCCUACAAACCGCGGAUCCAACAGGGCUCUGGGACCUCCAGCUCUGCUGCCACCACCCCGUCUGUGUCCACCCCCGUCACCGGCCACAAGCGGAUGAUCAUUCCCAACCAACCUCCCCUCACCGCCACCAAGAAGUCCACCGCCAAGGGGCCUGGCCAGCCGGCACCCAUCCCAGUCACUCCCAUUGGCACCCUGAAGCCUCAGCCGGUUCCGGCCUCCUACACCACAGCCUCCACACCCAGCCGCCCGACCUUCAACGUCCAGGUGAGGACGGCACAGCCCAGCCCUCACUACCAGCCGCCCGGCCCGCAGCCCACGCACUAUGGCAGCCUGGGGCCUGGCCAGCCCUAUGCAGCCCCACCGGCCCGCCCGCCUGGUGCCCAGCAGUAUGGCUCCCCACAGCACCGUGGGCCCGACUACGGUUAUGCCCCACCGCCUGCCCGUCCUUCAGAGCCCAGCUAUGGCUAUGCACCUCAGCAAGGCCGCUACCAGGACCCGUAUUACGGCGGAUAUGGAGGGAGGAAUGGCUCUGAAGCACCCUACAUGCCACAGAGCACCUGGAAGGUUGAGCCAGCGUAUCCUAGCAGUAACACCGUGGGCCAGGCUCCUUCUGGGCUGUACCAGCCUCCUGGCACAAAGAAGACCUACAUCACAGACCCAGUGCUGGCCCCGCAGCCGCUGCAGCAAAAGAGUGGGUAUCCAAGCUCUGGACCCACAUCAAGCACUCCUGCCUUCAGGCCUGAAGAUGAGCUGGAACAUCUGACAAAGAAAAUGCUGUAUGACAUGGAGAAUCCUCCCUCUGAUGAAUACUUUGGCCGCUGUGCUCGCUGUGGGGAGAAUGUUGUUGGGGAAGGCACUGGCUGCACAGCCAUGGACCAGGUCUUCCACGUGGAGUGCUUCACCUGCAUGACGUGCAAAAGCAAGCUGAGGGGGAAGCCUUUCUACGCAGUAGAGAAGAAAGCCUACUGUGAACCCUGCUAUAUUAACACACUGGAGCAAUGCAGUGUAUGUGCAAAGCCCAUCAUGGAAAGGAUCCUCCGAGCCACUGGGAAGGCCUACCAUCCCCACUGCUUCACCUGUGUCAUGUGCCAUCGCAGCCUGGAUGGGAUUCCCUUCACCGUGGAUGCUGGUGGGAACAUCCACUGCAUCGAGGAUUUCCAUAAGAAAUUUGCACCAAGAUGUUCAGUGUGUAAGGAGCCCAUCAUGCCAGCCCCGGGACAAGAGGAGACUGUACGCAUUGUCGCUCUGGAUCGUGACUUCCAUGUCCAGUGCUACCGGUGUGAGGACUGUGGCGGCCUCCUGUCUGAGGGGGACAAUCAGGGCUGUUACCCUCUGGAUGGGCACAUCCUUUGCAAGACCUGCAACUCAGCUCGGAUCCAGGCUCUGACCGCCAAGGCCAGCACUGAUCUCUGAGUACCAACUGUGACCCUCCCCAGGAUGCCUGCUGGGGGAAUUGCACAAGCUUUGCAUGAUUUCUUUCCAGCCUAGGGCCUGAAUCUUUGUUUGUUUGUUUGUUUUAAAAAAAGUAAAACUGGAAGGCCUUGGAGCAAGAGGGCGGUUCUGUGGCCAUGUUCAGACUGCCAGCAACAGGCACCUAACUUAGGCAUGAGUCUUCCAGAGGGUGGCGAGUCAGACCACCAGCUGCUAAGUUAUCUGCCUGUGGAAGAAGGGCUGAACUGGUGAAAUGUGGCUGAGCUAGUUCCUUUUUCCAAGUUAUUUUGGAAAUCUAAUCAUCUAUGGGGAUCUUCUCUUUGGUUUUAAUGGAUCACCAGCAGAAGUAGCUCCACUGUCACAGAGUGUGUGAAGCCAGUGUGAGAGCAGAACUAGCACUCCUCAUUACAACUCAAACAGCACAACUUUGACAGUACUGCACCUAAGGGUGUAGAUGUGACCUUGAGCUUUUUGGGACACAGAUUUGUUGUCUAUGCGUUUCUUCUUAGGUCCUUACUUGUCUCCAUUCCCUUCCAGUUCUAUAGGUGGUUUUUUGUUUUUUUUUUUUCUCUUUUUUUUUAUGGAAUUAUAUUUUUGCUAUUGCAUAAACUUAUUCAGUAGUGAUGCUUCCAAUUCACAGUAUAUGAUUGCUCAAUCACAGAAAGAUGUGAGCUUGCACACACACACACACAAUGUGCUUUUGAUUUAGUAGAGGUAUAAGCCAAUCAUGUCUGCUGAGAAGGUCUUUUAAGGAUCUGGGGCUAGAAACUCUCCUUAAAAAUCCCAGUGGUUAAAUAAAUAAUAGAGAAAAAAGACUACAUUGAACUGCAGUGCAAUGCGAUGCUCAAAAAAAUCUUAUGCCACUCACAAUAGUGGGACCAGUGGCUGUGCUGGUUUCUGGGUAGAUAUUUAAUCACUGGAGUCUUGUUCGAUUGUUUAUUGAAAUGGGAGGAUUUUCCUUCAGCUGUAACAGGAACUGAAGCAGGGAUAGACGUCUCUCUGAAGUUAACACACAUGAUCUGGAGCUCCUAUUGGAAAAGGUAUCUUAUUCCAACAACGGCAAAAGAACCAUGCAGUUGUUCAGUUUUUGUCAUAAAGCUGAAGAAGGUGUUAAACCCUUCUCUGUGCCAUCCCAAAAAGCAAAUGAUUUUUUUUUCUUUCAUUUUCAUCCCAGCCACUUAUUACUCCUCUCUGGUGAAAUGUCAUUGCAGAAAAGUGCUGGGCCAGGAGCAGCACUUUCAUCUUCUGUCCAGAGGUAAUAGAUGUGCCAAGGUAAAUAAAAAGCUGGGCAGAGAUAACCUUUCUUUUUGUCAUGUUGGUGUUCAUAGGCCUUUUUUUUUUUUUUUUUCAUUUUGCUAAUUAAAAAAAUAAAUUAUAAAUUCAUGGCUCACUCUGAGCAGCUAUAAUAUUCUUGUUCAUGAAACCCAUAAUAACUAAGGUGCAAAUUACAUAGUGAGGGAGUAAUUUUCGUAUCACUGAAUUGACAUUAAUAUCUUAUUUGCAGAUGUAAUCAAAGAGAAUACCUUUCUUUGCACUUAACAAAUUAAGAAGCAGAACUGAAACAGUUGCGGACUGAUUGACCGUAUUAGUGACAAACUGGCACUUUUCAACAGUAUUAGGAGAAUUUUUUCAUGUGCCCCACUGAAAAACAAUGAAAAUGUGGUGCUUUCAUCUUCAGUCUCUAUAACAGAAACCUGAUACAAUUAUUUGAAUGCUGGAGGAAAAGAAAAGAAGGUUAGAUGAGCUGGACUGAUAGGAGACAAAGAAAAACUGAAAUGGUCACUGCAGCUUCUGAAAAUGGUGCGGUUCCUUUCAGUUUAGCACUAACCUCUAUGGAAGAGCACUGUGAACUGUAAUAGCUUUAGCUGUAUACAGUAAAUUCAAAUACAGAAAUACCAAUCUGAAACCUCUGUUCCUCACAUGGUUUGUAUUUUGGCAAACUCCUUCGGUGUCAGGGAAGAUUCCCAAAAUUCACAGCUCAAAAUGAAUCCUUCUUUGUGGAAGGGUGGCAUCAUUAAGCAAAAGAAAUCGUUCUCCACCAUAGCGGCUGUACUGAAGCAGUUUGCCUUUUUAUACUAGAUUUCUGCCCUGGCCUUCAAGAAUUUUACUGCCUCAGACAUAAACAGACUUUUUUGCAGGGCGACUCCUGCCAGAUUCCAUCUGGGCUCCUGCUCCCUGAACCGUGGCACGUAAGAUUCUUCUGAGCUCGCUUUUUACAGGCAGCCCCUUCACACAGCAGUCAAAAACUCUUGCAUCUAGUGAGCGAAUCCAAUUUGAAUUAACCCUACAGGAACACUGGAGUUCAGAGCUAGGGUUGCUAACGCUGCUAGUUUUACAUCUCUGCAGUCACAGCGGACCACCUGAUGCAUCCAAGCAUACGAGAAGCCAUUCAUCAGGCAGCUCUGAACUUUGUUCUCGUUAGUGUUAAAUCGGGUGGCUGAUGAGACUCUCGUGAAUACCACUGGGGUAAGUGAUGGAAACAAGCUUAUGUAUCUGCCUGCAGAAUGUGGCCUAGAAUCAGGAGGACUGAAGUCCAGAGCCCUUGGGCUUUCCAUGGUCAUGGUGUAGGUUGGAAUUGGGAAAGUUGUAUGGCUUCUUGUCCUUUACAUGAGCAAGUUUCUUUACAACUUCCCAGAGAUGCUGUGAGAAUUAAACUAGUCAAAGAUUGGCCCAAACUCCUGAUUUUGGAGUUUUGUUUUCUCCUUCCAGAAAAGUUUGCUGGUAUGUAGGUUUGGGAUUCCAGCCCAUUUCAAAGCAAAGGGCCAGCCAGGAGGUGUAGAUCUCAAUCUGUGUUAUUAGGGUGCUGUGGUGAGCUGGGCUGGUGUGCAGGGAGGUGAGAGCCAAACUUUUCACACAUUAAAUACCCAAUGGAUGAAAAGUGGUUGUCAAAGAUUGAGUCGUAUUAUUGUUUGAGGUACUGUGGCUAAUUUCUGGACCUGAUGUAUCUGGGCAAGGAUACUAUCGUGCUUUUGUUUUCACCCCUGAAACACCAAAGCCAUCUGCCUGGAAAGAUUAAGCGUCUAAAACAAUUCUCUUUGUUUUCUGUUAUGCAAGUUGUUUUGGCUUCUAAAAUUGCUGUAAAUAUAUUUGGAAGACAGUGCAUAUAUGUAUAUGUACAUAUAUAUGUAUGCAGGUAACACAGAGGCUCUCAUCACCCACCUGUUCAUGGAAAGCUCCCCUCUGAUGCUUCAGGAUUUGACUAGAUAAUGCUGGUGGACUUAUCUUAGUUGCACUGCAGUAAGAACCACUGGGAUAUUCCUGCAUCACAAUAUUUAUCACAUUUUGCAAUACAACCUCAUUUAUCUGUUCCAAGAAGGAGGUUUUUGCCAAAGAGACCUUAUCUUUUUAAGGUGCACAUGUUAGCCAUAAAAAAAAAACACAUAUAUAUAUAUACAUAUCACUUCAUUUGUGCCUGUGGUAAAGUCUAGACUGUUUUCAGAAAGAAUUGGAAGAUCACACAGACACCUCUGUUUGAGUCUGCAGAGUUUUUGCUUGUGCUGCUUUGGCCUCUUUGAGCAUUUGUUGGCAACUGGGGUCUGAUCCUGUGAUUUGUGUGGCCAGACAGGGCACAGAAGGGUCCAGGAAUCAGGUUCUAAUUUAGCAAAAUGCUUAAGCCCGUGGGGAUUGUUUAAGUAUAGGCUUAAAGCCAUUGCAUGGUGUGUUAUAAGCUAUGGGUCUGCAGUUGUUAAUGCCAGACUGACUCUGCAUCUCUCCAUCAGAUAAAUUGGAGCUGGGUAGGAUGGGACCACAGUCAAAUUUAUGCUAAACUCACUUGAACGUGUGGUACAGCUCCUGUGUCACCUUUAUGCAGGAAUGCAAACAGCAGGAGAUCGAAAGUAACAUCUGGACACUGGGAGGGUGCGUUGUUACAAGAUCAGUGCUUGGCAUGGGGUGGCUGUGGCACUUUCCAUAUGUCACAAAUAGCCCCACAGCCAGAUUUACUGUCUUUGAACCAUGGCUUUAAAUGUCUGCUUAAAGUUUCUCCCAAAGCUUGGGUUGCCUUGGUUACAGCCCAAUCCUUAUGCACAUCCCCAAGGCUAACACUACAAUUUUAUGAAUGUGAUGGUUUUAUUGUCACUUAUUUUAAUCAUUGCCUGAGCGUUGCUUUUAAAAACAGAAAGCAACACCAUUGCUUUAGCUUAUCAGAUAAUGCACCUUUGAUUUUGUUGGGUUUUUUAAAUAUAUUAAUUCUUGGAUUUUUAUCACAACUGCAAAACACUUGGGUAAUGACUUAAUCACAGAGGUGUGAAAGUAGCAAAGUAUUCAUCAGAGUGGACUCUAUAUAAGGUGUUCAGCCUGAUGGCAGGUGCAAAACUUCCCUGGGAUGUGGGCCUUACAUUGAUUUCCUGCCUAUCAGCAAAGUGUGCCUGAGAAGAAUGAGGAAAAGUUGUGUUUUGAAGAAUUGGUGGUGGUUGAAGGGAAUAUGCAACAAGUCAUGCUGAAAUCUCUUUGAACCCGCUCCAGCUCCUGCCAGACUGUGGUCAGCAAAGCCUAGCCUAGGUCUGAUAAAUGCUGGUUUUAGGGGAACGUUGCUUUUGAUUUUGAAGUAGUCCAGCAGAUGAGGGAUAAUAGGACCCCAGAGAAGGUCCACGGUUGCCUUCCUUUGGUAACCAUGCUAGACACUUAGUGCCUUGGAUGAACAGCUCAGAAAGGAAUUGAAUUUUGAACUGUUUUGUUAUUGAUGUCUGAUUCCUGCAGUUGGUUCAUCACAUUGAUUUGAUAUUUCUUCACAGAGCUGUGUUGCCUACACUUGCCAUACAUUUCAGUCCUGUAAAUCAGAGCUAGCAGAGAUGUGGGGAAGAAUCUUGUGGUGCAAUUCCCAAUCGAAAACACUAGUGAUGGUAUCAGAGGGUUUGUUGCCAAAGGAUGGCAGGAACUACUCAGUACUAUCUGGAGGCUGGAAAGCUGGAGAACACUAUUUCCAGUUUGAGCUGGUCCCAAUUUUUACACUAAAUCAUGUGAUGUUGGAAGGGCCUUCUUUUUAAUGAGAAAUUCUCUCUUUGCAGUGUUAUCCACAACGGUAUUUCUUGCUGUUAUAAUUGAAACCUUAUUCAGUUUUUAUCUAAAUAGAUUUCAGAAUUGUUGACAAAUAUUUUCAUUUCUCAAAAAUCUUUGUCUCCUUUCUCAAUUCUUUUUUCCUUCUUGGGUUUCUUCUGCUGGUCAAUUAAAGUUUCUGUGAUGAUUUUGAAAACUGUUUUGGAUAAAAAUUUAUUAAAAAAAAAAAAAGCACAUGUUCUUGGAAAAUGGUUCAAUGUUAGGCCUGGUGAAAUUAAAAAAAAAAAAAAAAAAAAAAAA